CCAAGGACACUAACAUUUGUUGUCUCACCUGUUCUUUUCCCAACUGAUUUCUUCAAGAGCACACAUCCAAACAGCGUUCUAAUGACCGGCAAAUUUGGGGGUUGAAUUUUUUCUAGGAGGUGCCUGACAAAAGAUUCUAGGGGUGCUUCACAAAUCCCCUUGCGUACAUGAGGUGUUUUCUGCAAUGUAAACAGUCCAUGCAAAUAAAAUGCUACCGAAGAGCUUACCAGUUAGCACGGUCGGGUGAGGGAGCUGCUUGCUUACCUUUGGGUCAGAGAGGAAAGACACUGCCCAUCACCAUGGCGACGCGACCAGGCCCUUUGACCGAAUGGCCAUGGCAAUGGAUGGGGGGCUACAAGUACCUGGUCCUGGCUCCUGUGGCCAUGCACACGGCACACAGGUUGGCCACCAAGGGGUGGGGAGACUUUGACCCAGCGUACACUUUCAUGUUGCCAACUCUGCUGCUGAGGAUGAUCCACAACCAGAUCUGGAUCAGUUUGUCUCGAUACCAGACUGCUCGCAGGAAGCACCUCAUUGUUGAUCGCAGUCUCGACUUCGAGCAGGUGGACCGAGUAUUAUACUGGGAUGAUCAGAUCAUCUUGAACGGACUUCUGUUCUACCUGGGCUACGCAAUCAUCCCGAACUUUCGCCUAAUGCCAGUGUGGAGAACCAAUGGAGCCCUCAUCACUAUCUUGCUUCACAUGGGACCUGUCGAGUUCCUCUACUACUGGUUUCACAGGGCACUGCACCACCAUUUUCUCUACUCGCGUUACCACUCGCACCACCACGCAUCCAUCGUCACUGAGCCCAUAACCUCUGUCAUCCAUCCGUUUGCUGAACAUUUAGCCUAUUUCCUGCUAUUUUCAAUCUCCAUAUUGCCGCCAAUUUUUAUGGGCUGUGGUUCUGUCCUGGCUGGUGUCUUGUACAUUACUUACAUUGAUUUCAUGAAUAACAUGGGCCACUGCAAUUUUGAGCUGAUGCCAAAGUGGAUGUUCCAAACUUUUCCUCCUCUCAAGUAUCUCAUAUAUACUCCAUCGUUUCACUCUCUCCAUCAUACCCAGUUCCGUACAAACUACUCAUUGUUCAUGCCAUUCUAUGACUACAUUUACAACACCAUGGAUAGUUCAAGUGAUGAGUUGUAUGAGAGAUCAUUGAAAGGAACAGAGGAAACACCAGAUAUUGUUCACCUGACACAUAUGACUUCCUUGAAAUCAACGUAUCAUCUAAGGAUUGGGAUUACUUCCAUAUCAUCUAAACCAUGCAAUGACUCAGUGUGGUAUAUGUGGAUGCUAUGGCCUGUUGCGUGGUUAUCAAUGGUACUGGCAUGGAUUUAUGGAUCUUCAGCAUUUGUUGUCGAGAGACUAAAACUGAAGAAGUUCAGCAUGCAAGUAUGGGCACUACCAAGAUACAACUUCCAAUAUGGCUUGUCUUGGGAAAGUAAGUCCAUCAACAACUUGAUCGAGAAGGCAAUAUUAGAUGCUAAUGAAAAAGGGGUCAAAGUGCUCAGUCUAGGACUUCUAAAUCAGGCAGAACAACUCAAUGGAAGCGGUGAAUUGUUUGCCAAAAAAUAUCCAAGAUUAAGGGUACGACUUAUUGAUGGAAGCGGCUUAGCAACUGCCGUGGUGCUCAAUAGCAUACCUUUUGGUACAAAGCAAGUUUUUCUCUGUGGAAGUAAUUCUAAGGUGACCCGUGCAACAGCCAUAGCUUUAUGUCAGAGAGGUGUCCAGGUAAUCCUGAAUCAAGAGAAAGAAUAUGGAAUGCUCAAGUCUCGAGUUCCAGAGAGUAGAGCUAUCUAUCUGAAAUUCUCUAAUGAUGAAACACCACAGAUUUGGAUAGGAGAUAGCAUAGACGAUGCACAAGGGAGGGCACCAAAGGGAACUAUAUUUAUUCCCACGUCACAGUUCCCCCUUAAGAAGGCACGCAAGGACUGCACUUACUUGAGUAACCCAGCAAUGAAGAUCCCAGAGACAAUGCAGAAUGUCCACACCUGUGAGAAUUGGCUGCCAAGAAGGGUGAUGAGUGCAUGGCGCAUUGCUGGAAUAUUGCAUGCUUUAGAAGGUUGGGAAAUGCAUGAAUGUGGAGAUGAUAUGAUGACCAUUGAGAAGACUUGGUCGGCAGCUAUUAAGCAUGGAUUCAAACCUCUGACAAAACCUUGCUCUCUGAAUUCUGGAACGGACCUUUAAAUGCUACUGCAACAAUGCAAUGUUGAGUGCAGUGUUAAAGAACGCUGGAUAUCCUUACUGCCUCGUCAACCAGAGUUUGUAUUUUCGAGCCCUAAAAGGAAGGAAAAACAGAUAGAAAAAUCAUAUACUCAAGUCAAUAACAAUAGACAGUACUCAGUUAUGUACAUGCAGCUAUGGAUGAGAGGUAUAAAUACUACCAAAUCAUGUAUCAUUGAUUUUCAGAUGCAAAAAGUCAAACUACGUUCAUGGCCAAGAAUCGAGGUUAGCAAUUCAUGCUUGAGAGUGCAGAUAGCCCCAGAAGAAGAGCUAAGAACUCUACUGGCCGUUAGCUUAAUGUCCUUCAGCGGUACAACCUUUGUGGUUCCCCUAAAUCUGUGUAAUACUAGCUAUAAGUUCGUUCAAUGAAUCAUAACAUGAUGGCUGAAAAAAAUAUAAACGUUACUCCUCGCCCAAUUCACAAACCAUAUUGGUGUAAGAUAUGAUGCCUAUUGCAUUAAUGUACGGUAU